AUGCUAUUGUCGCAGAACCCGCGUUACAAGAUCACCGUUGCUGCGAAACACAUGCCUGGCGACUAUGACAUUGAGUACGCGAGUCCUUGGGCAGGUGCAAAUUACUUCCCCGUAUCAGUAAAAGGCACACCAGCCGCUGAGUGGGAAAGAAACACCUGGCCGUCUCUAGAGAAUCUUGCUCGAAAUUACCCAGAAGCGGGAGUGCACUUUCAAGGUUGCGAGGUCUACAACCGCAGUAAGGAUGUCGGAAGUGUUACAGCAAACUGGUUCUCAGAAUUGCUUUCUCCGACUCCAUGGUGGAAAUCGCUGUUGCCUGAUUUUAAGACCAUACCAAAGACAGAACUUAGCGAUGGCAUGGACAGCGGUAAAUCGUUUACCUCAGUGUGUAUCAACACAGCCAUCUACCUGCCUUGGCUCGUAUCACAAGGCCUGAAAAAUGGAGUUGUAUUCAAGAGAGCGAUACUCAAACAGAUCACUGAUGCAGCUGCACCCGGAAUGCACCAUUCCGGCAAACCUGCUGAUCUGAUAAUCAAUUGUACUGGACUGGGUUCUCUAAAACUUGGUGGUGUCGAGGACAGGAAGCUAUAUCCAGCCAGAGGACAAAUCGUCGUGGUAAGGAACGAUGCUGGCAAGAUGUACGGCGUCUCUGGCACUGAUGAUGGCGACGACGAAGCAAUGUAUAUCAUGACUAGAGCUGCUGGAGGAGGCACUGUUCUAGGUGGGUCGUACCAGAAAGAUAACUGGGAAUCGCAGUUUGACCCCAGCUUGGCUAUUCGAAUCAUGAAGCGAUGUGUAGAUAUAUGCCCCCAAUUGACAAAUGGCCGAGGUAUUGAGCACCUGGAUAUCAUUCGUCAUAGUGUCGGCUUGCGACCCGUGAGAGAGGGUGGUGCUCGAAUAGAGAAAGAGAAGGUCAAUGGUACUUGGGUUGUCCAUUCCUACGGUUAUGGAGGUGCUGGCUAUCAAUCUAGCUACGGCGCUGCGCAGGCUGCGAUUAAAUUGGUCGACGAAGCGUUACAGGAGAGGGCGCGGUUGUAG